UGCACUUCUGGCGACACCUCUGGGAGAAUAAGCCCUUCAGUUUCCUCAGUUCUGAAUUGCUUAUGGUAUCGGUAGAAAACGAGGCAGGAAGAAGGUGCUGCUGGGCCAAGUAGUCAGUCUGUGUACGACUGCUGGGGUAUCGUAGCGCAGGUUCAUUCGAUUGUGAUGUGCAACAGAAGCAGCUUGCGUAUUAAGCUGUGAGAGAUAUGAUACCAAUUUAAGAAGCAAAAUCAUCUUUACAGAGAAAAGGUAAAGUUGUAGCAAAAUGUUUCUUACAGCAUUUUUGCUUCGAAAAGGAAUACCAGGCAAACAAUGGAUAGGGAAAUACAGACGUCCGAGAAAGAUUACGUGGCAAAUGAAGCGCAAUGUACUUCAGAGGUUGGAGAUUGAAAAGGAGACAGAAUACUGGCUCAGCCACCCUUGGAUGACAAAGGAACAAGAAAAAGGUCAUGCAAAGCAACGCAGAGCUGAGCAGUGGGAAGCUUUCAAGACUGCCAGAGCUGCAACUUUCCCUGCAGCAAAGUACAUUGAAGAUCAUCUAAACCACUUAAAUACAACAAAAAAGUGGGGAAUCUGAAGCCAUUUUUUUUAAACAUAAUGCAGAAAGAUUUUUUUAAGAUGCUUUCUGAUAAUUGUAAAUUCCAUGGGUUUUGUGAUCUCUAAACUGCAUGAAAUGGCCUGUCGUGUUCAGAAUAAGUUUAUGAUCGUUAUCAAGGAUAUUGUACUUGUAUUCCACUGGUCCUGAUGAAAUAGUAUCUGUUAAACAUGAAAAUUAAAUAUUCCCAACCUUAACUACAUUGGUUUUUUUAAAUUAUUGCUCUGGGUUUCUGCCUUAGAUAAUUAGAAAACCUACCACCGCUGAUAGUGUUGAUAUAAACAAAAGGUGAAUAUAGAAUUAUCUUUUGUAAUAUAAAAACACACGUAUGCAUGGAA